AUGCCCACUGGCCACCCUCAUGCCGAUGUCCAGGCGCACACCAGGAGGGAACAGGACCUAUUUCCCCUUCUUCUCGGACUUCAGGGGCCACAAUGUGACGGCCCUGCGCAUCGGCGAGUCGUCUGCCCUGGUCUUCAUCUUCCUGCUGUCGUUGGCGGGAAACGUCUGGGGCAUCUGCCUGCUGGUGAGGCAGCACCGCCUGCUCUUCGCCGCCAACUGCCUCGUCCUCAACCUCUUCUGCGCCGACCUGCUCUUCAUCACCGCCAUGCCCUUCAUCGCCGUCGUGCGCUGGACCGAGUCCUGGGAGCUGGGCGACGCCGUCUGCCACCUGCUCUUCUAUGUGGUGAGCCUGAGCGGCGCCGUCAUCAUCCUCUCCCUGACGGCUGUCAGCCUGGAGCGCGUCCUCAGCAUCGCCCGGCUGCGCCACGCCGCCUUCCGCCGCCGCAAGGUGCUGGUCGCCGCCUUGCUCCUCAUCUGGAGCUUCGCCGCCCUCUUCACCCUCCCGCUCUGCUGCUUCUUCACCGUGGUGCAGCUGCCCGGCCCCGCCGGCCAGGAUAUAAAAAUUUGCACCCUGGAUUGGCCCACCACUGCAGGAGAAAUAGUCUGGGAUACGACCUUCGCCGUUGUUUUCUUUCUGAUACCAGGAGUUGUCAUUGUCAUCAGUUACUCCAAAAUCUUACAGAUUACAAAAGCAUCGAGAAGAAGUUUAAAUGCUGGUUUAGCCUACUCAGAACAUCAUCAGAUUCGUGUUUCCCAGCAAGACUACAAACUAUUCCGAUCCCUUUUUCUGCUGAUGAUCUCUUUCUUCAUUAUGUGGAGCCCAAUAAUAGUAAUUAUUUUUUUAAUUUUAGUUCAGAACUUCAAAGAAGAUUUAAAUAUUUUGCCAUCAGUUUUCUUCUGGAUAGCAUUAUUCACUUUUGCCAAUUCUGCUGUCAAUCCAAUUCUGUAUAAUGUUGCCUAUUUCAGACGUAAAUUUCAGGAAAUUCUUCUCUGUUGUACAGGGAACCCUGAAAGGCAUGGAGCUGGUACAGAAACCACUGUCAGAAGAAGUAAACGUGAACAGCCACACUUGUCUUUCAUUACCAGAUAAUUAUUUAAAGUCUCAGCUGUGCCACACUUUGGAUUUUGUCUAUGCUAUCCCAGGCCACAUAGGUCAUUAUACUAUAGUAUUACAUGCCAGAGGAGGUGGAAAAAAAGCUAAAUAUGUAUUUUUAAUUCCUGCAGGUAAAAUUCUCUUGAGUUCAUUGCUUUGCCUCAGUAAGAUUUGG